AUGUUUAGUGACGAUGAUGAUCCCAGUAGCUUGUACCAUGCUAUGUGCUAUUGGUCAAAAAGUAUUCUUUUGUCCAGAACAGGCGAUGGUUAUGAACUUGUGCCUGAGAACACUAAAGCUUCGAGCAUACCAGUUUCAACAGUGAAUUCUGAACCUCGAAACAUUCUGCAACUGAACUCAGUUAAAACGUCGAAUGUUCAAGCACCGUCUCAUCCAACAACAACAACAGGUUCUGCAAAAGAUUAUAGUCCAACGAUUGAGAAAAAAAUCAGUUCGUCGAUAGUAAAUAUUCGUGCUAAGACCAAGGAUAAAGAGAGUGUGGUAACCCUCGCCUUGCAAGGGCACGAUGGCUUAGCUGGAAAGCCUGGACCCAAGGGUAAACCUGGCCCUCCCGGUCCAUCAGGAAGAAUGGGUCCACCGGGUUUAAAAGGAAAGCCUGGGACUUGUAAAAUAUCCGAGUUUGAAUGUGACGUGGAUAUGAUACGGUCUCUUACAACGAGAAUAUCAGAAUUAGAAAAGAUUUGCGACAAAAAGAAGAACACAACAGUUUGAAUGAAAAGUGAGCAUUCCUGGUCAUAGUUAGAUAAUGUUAGUUAGGGUAUGUUAAAAUCGUUUAAAGAC